AUGCCAGCAUUAGAAACCAAUGACCAAUUAGCCAAGUUCCCAUCGCCACUCGAGGCGUUCCAACUAGCAAAGAAAGUGGAAGUGGCGACGAGUCUUACAAAGCUCAAUGGCGGGACAUUACCAGAUGACCCUUCUCCUACUCUGAUAGAUUAUCCAUCAGAGCGGCUUGAACUAAUCUUUUCCCAAAAUGUCACUACAAGUCAAGGGAUAACACUCCUAGCACUUCAAAAGAUAUUGACAGCAGAAUUCUUAUCACCAGAAAAACCCUUCCAACACUCCACUGUUCGGUUGAUGUUCUCAUUAUUCCACAAGGGCUCAUCACAGCUGCUAGAGUUCAGAGAGUUUGUCAAGCUCUGGAACUACUUGAAGCAGUGGCACGAGAUCUUUAUGGAAGCAGACACCAACCGGUCCAAUAGCAUCGAAUACAAAGAGUAUCUUGGGGCAUUACGCGAGGUAUUUGGCGAGGAUGACUUUAACAGUUACAUCCUCAGCAACUUGACGGUCGCGACCCUUAACUUCAAGACGUUCUGCGACACCCAGCGCAGCAUGCUGUUUGAUCGGUUCACCGAGAGUGUGGUGUGGUUGAUCAGGGUGGUGACGAUGUUUGUGGGAGGGAUGGACGACGGGGACCUCCGCCUGUUCUUGGAGUGUGCCAUUGGCCUCAGAUACUGA